GCGUUAUUACGACAUGACGAAUCAACGGCAGACAGCACAGAUCUAUCUAUCGACACAUGCCGCGAGGCACACAUGCAUUGCAACCCCAUUCAAACUCGCCGAAUGCCCCAAUCUGCAUCACAAAACAGAGAGUCCCCGGGGCGGUAUCCACAUCGGUUCCCUCGUCUGUCUGCUUACAGUAGGUGUAGGCGAGUUCGGGCGGCGUCAGCAGCAUGUGACUCAGUAGCCGAGACUGACGAAGAACGAUCAGUGACGCCGAUGCGAGAUAUCACCCGACAAGCUUGUGUAUCCGCUGGCUCGCUCACCUGAAGAGAUUCGGGGAGGCCGUACGGCACCGCAGUGACCACUGCACGCUGCGCCUCGACGCGCCUGAAAGGGAUGGAGAGACCAACACAAGUCACAUUCAUAACCCUCCUCCGCCACUGUUCGCACCUGGCCUUGCCCAGUUUCUCUCGGAUGAUGGUGUGUGCGUGGGGGUCGCGAAGGUCCACGAGCAUCUCCAGACGCAGCGCUCCCCGGCUGGUCAUGAUGUGGUCUAGCACUUGCUCGAGGACACGGCCAUUCCCUGGCGGGCAGUAGGGGCUCCACGCCAGCAGACGAGACGAGUACUCGGCUGACACGAGCACCCCAGCUUCCAACACACCACUCUGAGAAAGACAGAGGACGAUUGACAGACAGACAGACAGACAGGCAGACAGACAGAUGUUGCCACCUGGCCUUCUCUCGCGCUGUGGUUGGUAUGAUCUGACCUCUGGUUGGAUGUAGCCGUAGAAGGUAGCUGUGCCGGGGAAGGCCGUCGACCCCUCAGCCACACACACAUGGGGGAGCCGGUCCUGCAACAACACCACACCACCAUUGUCAUUCAUGGCGAGCAGUCUUUCUUUCCGUCUGGGUGGCUCACCUGAAUGACAGUAUGGCCCACAAAGGCCUCCUUCAAGCCAGCCACAAGGCUGCCUGAUGCACUGCUCGAGGCAUCGACCUCACUGUCGCCAUUCAGUGUGGCCGGCCAGGGGAUGGCGUGGACAUUGGGAUCGUUGCACACAUUGCGUCGACCUGAUGGAGCAAGACGCAACAGUGAGAAGUUGCUUGUGCUGCACACUGUGCUGUAGCACUGUCUGUAUGUGCCCCGACCGACCGACCGACCGACCGACCGAUGUGUAUGGCGUCCAGCUGGCACAUCAGCCGGUGAUUCGCCACCUCAUAUGCCUGCACAAAACGGCAGCAGGAUGGUUGGUUGGUGGACGGCCUGCUGCUGUUCGUCCUUCUCGUUCUUUGUCUCACCUCUGCAGGGACGUUGAGGAAUCUCCGUCGGUUGAAGUGACAGAAGAAGUGCACACCCAUCGAUGUGCCCUCGCCGCUGCCGACACCAGGCCUCUGCAGAAGCGAUUGGAAGUACUGCUGGCCGGACAGUUCGCACGUCCGCAGCAUCUGCUCCUCCCAAAACUCACUCACCAUCGGCUGACACCCCACACCCCACACAGAGAGAGCAGCGAAGCAUGUGUGUCGGUGGGUAGUGGUGGUCUGUUUGGUACGCUACCUACAUCGCUGCCUUGGUAGACGGGUGUCAGCACACAGGGGAUGCUCGGACGCUCUGCCGCACUCGCAUCAUCAGCCGCCCCUCCCACAUAGCAUCUGGUCUUGAGCAUGCAGGCGAAUUCUUUCGGGGCUCCCUUGAGCUCAGUGGGGUCAUAGAGGGUCAGCACGUCAGCCUGCCCGCUGUCCAGAGAGCGACGCAGCGAAGGGCACUUUUGCAGCAGCCCCUUGAUCUCCUCAUAGUCAUCUUCCGCCUCGCCGUUGAGGGCAAUCUUGCCAGCUAGGCCAGGCAGGUAGGAAACAGUUCUGACGGCGCCAAGGCUGCAAUGCGGCGGAGAUCUGUGGAAGAUCUGCCGAUAGGCCUGGAGGUGAGAUGUUUGGCAGGCGGCAGGAAGCGUAGGACGGCUGAACUGGCAAUGUUGAUGGACAAGGGCUCUCAUUCAUCAGCGGCUGGCGGUUCCCUUCUCUUCCCUGUGCGAGCUUCUAUCGGGAAGAAGGGGGGGGUCGUUUCCAUCCUUAUUGGCUUCGCAAAGCUGUACAGGCAAGCGUAUGUAGCUAGCUCUGCUUUGUUGUGUCGAAGUUCUCAAUGCACGUCCGUUUGUCCUUCCCUCUCUGUGCCGUGCGCUUCUCUGGUUCGACGAUACGCCUGACGCGAGUGUCGUGAGCCUUGAUCACGAGCGACCUCUCUCGGCCACUCGAGAAUGAGGAGGGCCACAACACCGCAAUAACGGCGCACUACCAGGACAGUCGCACUGACCUCACGUGGAUAGAGAUCACACUGCUAUAUGCACACAGGACCACCAAGAUACACACCCAAACCACCAUGAUUCAGCACCGAAAAACUCAUGCAUCACUCUCUACUUCCCCCUUCUCCCACCCACGGAUACCGUCACUGUGAGGCGUUAUUCUGUCUGAGAUCUUCCACCUUGCCCCCUCUGCCCUUCGCCCUCUCCCCGCUCUGCUUCCCUCCGGAGCCGCCGCCACCGGCCAGCGGCACCACUGCCGACUCGUCCGCUACUGCUGCUGCAGCUACAGGCGGCUGUAAGGCCCUCACAUCCGACCAAGCCUUCGUUGGCGAUGGCGAUGGCGGUGGCUUCGAUACGGCCACAGCCUCAGGGCCGCUGGGGCUUCGGGCCGCCGUGGUUCUUGUGCUUUGGUGAGAGGGUGAUGAGGGGGACGAGGGGACGCGGGGAGACACCGAGGGAGAGGACGUCACGCGGCCUGACCGGCCCUGAAUGCAGACAGACGAUCGACACGUGUCACAAUCAGGGAGGGAGGCAGCUCAGCCUUGAGCUGUCUUGUGGAGCGGGCGGGCGGGCCUACCGUUGAGGGUGCCUGUCGCGGCUCGGGCACAAGGCUCAACGACUUCUGUCCGUCAGCCACCUCACGUGGCAAAUGAGCGCCACUAGCAGCUGGAGAGAGAGUCGCUUCUGGCGGCGCGAGAGGGUCCUCGAGGAUGAGCUGCGAGUCCUUGACGCCCGUCACCUUGACGAGGCACUCAAUCGGCACCCCGUACCCCGACAGAAAGUUGCGACCUUGCUCAUAGCUCUUCUCCAACAGACACGCCAGACUCACAGGCUGACACUCAGAAACACAGACAGACAGACAGACAGACAUGCAUGCAGACGGGACGAAGGGGAAAGGGGAGGACGUCCGCUCACCGUGGCUCCUGCCUGGGAUGCGAUCCUCAGCAGAGCGUCUUGCUUCGACCCGCCCGACAGAAAGGUGUCGACUACGACCACCCUGUCGGCCGGACUCAACAAGUUCUUCUUCACCAACAGCUCCCUGUGUCACACCCACACACGCACACCAACAGCAGCGUAAUGGUUGGGGACAGCCACGUCUGUCCCAUCGUGUCCUGGCCAUGGCUUACUUGACGCGUCCCCCAUGCACACGGCUGGUGUAUAUGGCCUGGUGCGAGUCGGCAGCAGUGGAGGUCUCCCCUUUGUGGUGCGCCUGCACCACCGGCACCUGCAGCUGCACCGCCAGAGGCAUCGCCAGCACCAUGCCGCUCUCGUCCGUCAGCAGCUUGGUGGGCCGGUAACGCGCCAAACGAGGGCCCAGCUCCUUGGCGCAUUCCUGACAGGCACACGUGCAGGAGACAAGCCCUUCAAAUGAGACAGAAUGAGAGGUGCUGUUUGGUGGUUGGCUUACGGUGACGAGCUGGAUGUCGACUUGUGCCUCGAGGAAAGAGGAGACGUCGAGGAUGCCCUCGGCCUCGUCCAGCACCCUGCCUUCACGAAGCAAACGCUCCCUGCACACAUGCAUGCAUGGCAUGGGAGCAACACAAUUGUGCAUCUGUAUGCUAUGCCACCUGCCUGUGUAUGACGGCCGUCACCUGAGUAGAGAGAACCCCUUGUGCUGCCGCUGGAUGUCGAUGUUGGUCUCCACAUUGUGCCGCAUCCACGGCUGGAACUCCAGCUCGAAGUCGGCCUGCAGUGCCCCCAUCAGGUUGUUGAUGGCCGAGCUCAUCGACACCAAGCUCUUGCGCAGGUCGAGUAUGGCCAGGGCGGCAGACACCUCGCCGCUCUCGAAGAUCUCACGCUGCCCGUCAAAGUAGCACAGCACCGUGCGGAAGGUGCCUUGCCGACGCAUCGACGACUGCACCCACACACACAAAGGGCAGAUGAGGUGACCUCGGGUGCGAAGGGCAGCGUGCUGUCGCUGACCUUUGACAGAAGCAGAUUCUGCGUGAGCUUCUCGACGUGGAGGCCCAGACGAUUGAACACAUACAUUGCAUUCUUGCCUGAGCCGAAACACGACACACACACACACACAGAUAUGAGAGAAAGCGCCUUGGUCUGGCUGUCUGUGCGUACCUUCUCCCGUUUCCACGGCUUCAACCUCGAAGCCCGACCGCUCCGCCACACACGGCAGGCCAGUCACCUCAUAAAUGUACCGGGCCUUGUACGCAGCCAACUCCUCCAAACUCCUAACCAACCACACACAGACGACGCUAGACACCUUCUGUCACCACAGCUGACUGCCUGACUCACUCACGUCUUUGCGUCCACUUUGACGUCCUCGAAGUCGGGAAAGUUCUGCCUGAACUCGACGCCGAAGUUCUCAAAGACGCCGCCGAGGCUGGCCAUCAUGUAGUCGGGGACGGCACUCACAUACACGUGGUUGAAGGCCACCGAGGAGGGCUUCUUGUCGAUGACGUCCAGCCCGGGGUACAGCCGCCGCUGCUCGCGGAUGGCCUCGGCGGAGCCGCAGAAGAGCUGUAUCUCGUCCUCAAGCUCAAAGGCGUCCUCAAAGUGCCUGUCACAGAAACGAGGAGUCGGUGUUGUGUUAGUGUGCUUCUCUUGCGGCGUGUGGCGUUUACCUGAUAUCUAGUUCGUCUUCAUCUUGGUCCAGUGUCGGGGCAGAGGCCGCAUCCGCAGACACCGAGGAUGGUAAUGGCGACGACGACGACGACGAGAGCUGAACACACACGUAGACGAAGCGAAAUGCAGGACGGCCUGACGAUUGCAUGCAUCGAGGAGCAGAUCCACUCACGCGCCUACCGCCUCUGAAUCGACAUCGUCGUCGGCAUCAUCUUCCGCCUCGUACCUGCGGCACACACAUGGCAACACGACAACAGAUCAGUUCACGCACCACACUCACAGACAAAUGUUCUUUCUCCCCUUCUGGAGGUCACCCCACCCACCAGUCUUCUUGCUCGUAGACGGUCCUCGUGAGCCUUCUGCUGCCCUUGCGGACGUGCGCGGGCGCAGCAGCUGAUCCAUACGACGAGGCCAUCUCCUCCAUCUCAUCGUAAUACCUCUCCACCUCAUCGCUUAUCGAACGCUUCCUUUACGCACACACAGACACACUCAGGCAGAUCCAUCAACACUGCUGCAAGCGGCCUGUUCAGCUGACCUGUGGUGUCCCCGCUCUGCCCUUAGAUCCGUGAUGCUUCGCCGCCGCCUUCCGACUGUUGCAAUUCCCUCCACCAAGCCGCAGCCACCACCAGCUCUUGCCCGCCGCCGCCUCACCCAGGACCUUUGGCGGCCCUCCCUCAAUGGAGCAUGGAUGAAUGCAGCGGCGGCAGAUGGUGCUGCGAGGAAGGAAAUGAGGCCUUGUAGGGCCACGACUGCCAUGGAUCCUGCGAGACCGACGGAAGAAUGGGCGCGCUGAUGGCAGAUGGCACAAGAUCAGGAAAGAACGCUGACUGCACGACAGGUCGAACACCAGGAAGGAAGGGAAGAC